GAUGUCAUCAAAAUUGUUCAAUAAACUGUGUAAAGCAAUCUUGUGAUCAUACGAAUGGAGAAUGCAUUGAUGGAUGCAAUAGCGGAUGGACGGGAUUCAAUUGUACACAAGUAAGAUCUGAAUUGCAGGGAGAAUUUUACGGGAGAGCAAUAGGUGGAGGCAUUGGUACUGUGAUUGCAGUUGUUUUGAUAAUGUUCGCAGGAUUUGUCAUUUACAAAGGCAACAAAACAUUAGCAAAAGAUAAAUGUUCAGACCAGUCAAAAUCAAGUCGAAAAACUACCUUUAAUAGGAACAGAGAAACCAAUAAUGUACAUGAAUAUGUAAAUGCAGCCAUUACAUCGGAUUCAGGGGAGGUAACUGUUCACCUUGAAGACACCACAGAGGAAACUGAACUACUACCUGAAAGAGAUGAUUUUGAAAACAAAAGGUUACCAAUUGAACAUUCUGUCAAUAAGAUACACAUUGAAAAUUUGAAGGAGGCUAUCAAUGAAAAAUUGAAAGAUGAAGGCUUCAGAAAAGAAUACGAGAUUUUACCUAAAGGGCUUAUCCAUGCACACGUUGAAGGUUCCAAAGAAGUAAAUAAAGACAAAAAUCGUUUCCGCGACUUAUGGCCUUAUGAUCAUUCACGUGUUGUACUGAAGGGAAACAAAAAGUCGGAUUAUAUUAAUGCUAGUUACAUCGAUAACUAUGACAAAGAAAAGACCUACAUAGCAACCCAAGGUCCCAAGAAAAAUACCGUCAGAGAUUUCUGGCAUAUGAUAUGGCAGGAAGAUGUUGGUAAAAUUGUUAUGGUUACACAGCUGAAAGAGGGAAGAAGGAACAAAUGUGUACAAUAUUGGCCUGAUGCAGUCAAUGAACAAAUGGUAGAGGAAAAUUUUCGACUGACAUUGACAAAAGAAAAAGAACAUACACUUUAUGUUUACAGACUUAUAACGAUAUUCAAUCAUAAUGAUACGAACCUAAAAGAAAGAAAAGUUCACCAAUUUCAUUUCACAAAAUGGCCAGACCACGGUGUUCCUGACAGCAUCAAAUUGGUCCAUUUUUACAGGAACGUGAAAAGUGAACAUUGUGACCAAAAUGGACCAAUGGUUGUACACUGCAGCGCUGGAGUAGGAAGAACAGGGACGUUUAUUGCAAUAGAUGCAUUAUAUGAGCAUGGAAAGAAGGUCAACUACGUUAAUGUUAUGGAAUAUGUUCAGAUGAUGAGAAAAGAUCGAAUGAAUAUGAUUCAAACCCCGGAACAAUAUGAAACAGUAUUUGAAGCACUGCUAGAACUAUUUACGGUACAAGAAACGAAUAUUCCAAAGAAUGAUUUCUGUAAAUAUAUUGCGGAUCAGGAAAGUACGACAUUACCAACAAACCAGAAAGCGUACAAACAACAGUUUCAGACAUUAGAAACUCUGCGGCCAUCGUAUACUGCAUCUAAUUUUUCCGCUGCAAACUUGAGGGAAAAUAUAUCGAAAAAUUCGGUAAAGAAUAUUCUCCCACAUGACAAUUUUAGGCCAUACCUUAUGUCAUACGGAAAAAAAAGAAAUGAUUACAUAAAUGCAGUGAUAAUACCUGGAUAUAGAGAUGAAAGCCGAUUCUUCGUAACACAAUGUCCUGUGAAAGACACUGUUGUGGAUUUCUACACAAUGAUAUAUGACCACAAUUCCAGAAUCAUUGUGUUGUUGGACCAAGUUAACAAAAACGCAAAGUUGUGGUUAGGAAGACCAGAAAUGUUAGUGAUUGAUGACUUUAGCAUACUACUAGAAGAAGACCAUAAUAUGAAUAAACUGAAGAUUUCUUUGAAUUAUAAGAAACAACAGGAUAAAAAAAUGAUAAAUGUUUUUACGACAAAUGACUGGCAGGGUUCCACACUACCGUCACCAAAACUGAUGUUGGAUCUUCUGAAAAGUGUGGUUAAUUGUUGGAAAUCACUAAAAUGUCCAAUUACGGUCGUAUGCAGAGAUGGUUGCACUAAAAGUGGGCUGUUUGUUGCACUUUAUCUACUUUUGGAUAAAAUGGAAAUAGAUGAAGAGGUCGAUGUCUUUCAAGUUGUAAGGAAUAUUCAAACUAGACGUCCAGAAUUCUUGAAGAACUGUGAUCAGUAUGAAUACUGCUACAAGUGUGUCAAAGAACUACUGGAGGGAGAAUCAAUGUAUGCAAAUACUUAAUGAUGCAUAUACCAUUUAAGUCUUCUUUUUUUUAACAAUUUGAAUAAAGUUAUUGUUGUACAUAUAAUAAGAAUAUUAGAUGGUAGCCAUGGAUUUUGUUAAAGCUGACACAUUUUCAAAUUGUCACGACUGAUCAUGAAGUAGCAGAGCUCUUGAAUGAAAAAAGUAAGCAUUGUCAAAAUAAACAUUGAGUGAAUAUUUCACAAAGACAUAAGAAAAGAAACACCAAUUGCCAUAUGACGUACCCAGACGGGCGAGGACAACGGUAUACCAUAAUACGUCCAGUUUUAACUAUGAAACAAGUUAUUUGAAGAUGAAAACAAUUAAUUAUUACAUUACUUUUCAUUCAACACAGCUAUGAACAACGGAUACGACAAUGAAAGACAAUCUAUCUUCCCAUAGAUAAUUCUAUUAAUGACAUCAAAUGACAUAGCUAUACUAUGAUGACUUCAUGGCGCUGCUAUAUUCGUUGACGGUAUUUGUAUUAUAUGAGUAUAAUUUAUUUUAAGUAUCCACGGGUAUAUUUGUAAUGCAAUGCUAUACAUAGUUUUCUACUGCAAUCGUUCUUUUUGAGCAGUCAAAAUUCGCUAGGCCACGCUUAACAAUUUAUUUGAAAUAAAGUGUGCACAUUUCCGUGAGGCGGUCACCGACAUAAACUCAUUUAUCCACAUUUAUCCUACAAAAUUAUACCAAAAAAUAUUUUCUUUUCGGAUAAAAAAAAGUCAUAAUAGAUAUAAUAAAACAAUUGUUGACUUUUGAUAUUAGUUGAUACAUAUAAAAUAAUGGCAUUUUUGUUUUUGAUACUGACUUUUUCAACAAGUAUACAUGUAUCAA